UUAAACUACAACAACAACAGGAAAAGCAGCAACAGUAGUCAGUGUGCAAGUGGAUAACCUUUCAAUGGCCGCCACUACAACAACAACAACAUUAUUAGCAACCACUAUCAAUAUAAGCAACAAUAACAACAGCAACGGCGGCAGCAGCAAUAAUACCAAUAACCAUACAAAUCCCAACAACAUCCACAGCAGCAGCAACAACAACAACAAUCAUAUUGUAACGGUACACACCGUACUAAACACACCCACCUCCGCAGCAGCAGCAGUAGCGAGCUCUGCAGACGCGGCAACUGUUGCCGCAGCUAAGGACAUGCUGCAGCUUCAUCAUGGCGCCGCUGCAGCGUUAAAUAACAAUAACAAUACCAAUACCAAUAAUAACACCAGCGCCGAAUUGGCUAACAAUAAUCAAAAUAGUAACAAUAAUAACAACAACAACUCAGCAAACCACCCACCUGCCCAUGAAGUCGUCUCCUCAAGCUCCUCUCCACCGGAGAAUGCGUAUGGUGUGCUGCGCUUCAACGAGGAUCUACUCCAUAUAACGGACGAAGUGACUGUUAUUGGACGCAACUCGUCAACAUCGCUCGUGCACUUCAACGUAGCAGAGAACAAUUUGGUCUCUCGCAAACAUUUCCAGGUGCUCUACGAUCCGGAGCGCCGCGCCUUUUUUGUGCAGUGCCUCAGCAAGAAUGGCAUAUUCGUUGAUGACUUUCUACAGCGACGUAAUGUGGAUCCACUGCGACUGCCCCAGCGUUGCUUCUUUCGAUUUCCGAGCACCGAGAUACGCAUCGAGUUUGAGAGUUUCGUCUCGCCACCGGUGGACGUUGUCUCGGAUGCGGCACCCGUGCUCAGCAGUCCGUCAGUAUCUGGCACAGCUGCUGCUCAUGUUAUUAUAACGCCGCCUCCACGCGAUGAGCUGCAUUCGCUGCAGGCGUCGCAUCAUCACAGCCAACAGCAACAACCAGCGCAUCACUUGCAGCAAUCGCAGCAGCAGCAACCACAACAACAGUUGCCGCCACACCACCCACUCCCGAACACACCACACCACCCGCUUCACCACACAUCCCUGCAGCAGCAGCAGCAGCAACGCCUACCCGGAGCACCGCCCGCAGCAUCUCAGCUGUUAACCACCGGAGGCGAUGGAGCUGCCAUCUAUGCACCGCUCAAAAUUUCAAUACCCAAAAAGGAGCAAAAGAGUCCCUAUCUAUCACCAACUGGUACAAUAAGCGCUGCCAACAGUUGUCCUGCUAGUCCUCGCCAGGGUUUUCACCAGAAUCAGACCAAUAACUACAACAAUUAUAGCAACAACAAUACGCAGGAUCUAUUCCAGACACCGUCGACAGCCAGCUACAAUCAUAAUGAGAAGCCGCCGUAUAGCUAUGCUCAGCUGAUUGUCCAAGCUAUUUCUGCUGCGCCGGACAAGCAGUUGACACUCUCUGGCAUUUAUUCGUUCAUUGUCAAGCAUUAUCCCUACUAUCGCAAGGAGACCAACAAGGGUUGGCAGAAUUCCAUACGUCAUAAUCUCAGUUUAAAUAGGUAUUUCAUCAAGGUAGCGCGCUCGCAGGAUGAGCCAGGAAAAGGCUCCUUCUGGCGCAUUGAUCCGGAUAGCGGCGCCAAGCUGAUCGAUCACAGUUACAAGAAACGUCGUCAGCGCAGCAGUCAGGGCUUCCGUCCGCCCUAUGGUAUGCCACGGUCGGCGCCCGUCUCGCCCAGUCACAUGGAUAACUCACGCGAGAGCUCGCCAUUGCAGGACAUUGUGCUGCAAUCAGCUCCUGGCUCACCGGGCAUGUCCCUCGAACAGCGCACCGCCGAUGCAGAAAUAAUCUACAACUCUCAAACUGCGCACCAGCAACAACAACAGCAGCAGCAACAACAACAACAACAGCAGCAGCCGCAACAAACAUUGGCGAAUAAUUCCAAUCAAUUCAACAGCGGCAGUCCGUACUAUGUAACCAAUCAAAAUGCCGGCGUCACUGUGCAGCAAGCGCAUGUGGAUGGCGGAAGCGGUGGUGGUGCUGGUGUCGGUGGUGUGGGCGCUUUAAUUGCGCUCAAGCGGAAUCACGUAAUGACCGUGUCGCAUCCGGCGCAGCCAACGCAACUGCAUCAGCAGCAGCAACAACAGCAUCCUGAGAUUAUUUACGAAGAGCUGCCAACCGAUUAUAGCGGUCACAUUGAAGCGGGCGAGGAGGAGUGUGUCUCUGCCGAUGCCACGGCGGCCAAGCGUCCCAAAUACGUCUCCGAGGUACUCUGAUGCGUACGCAUGCAGAAUCAGAAACAAAACAAAGGCAAAUAGUAGUUCACAGAAGAAACCAGCGCAGCUGCUUAAGUUGCAAAUGUAAAUGCAAAUGCGAAUGCAACUGCAACUGGCAAGCAGAUGAUGAAACUCAGAAUCGUGAGGAAGCAAGCAAAAUGCAAAAAAGCCCACUUAAAAAAAAAUUAAAAACAUAUAUAAAUAUAAACAAAAAAAAAGAAAAGAAAAGGAAAAAGAAAAAGAAAAGAAAUAGUAUCUCCAUCUUGUAUAUUGAAUUUGCCAAACCCAAACAGCAAAAUGAAACCCAGGCGGAAGCAAAGAGAAACAACAAAGCAAAAUUGAUACGGAAAUGUUUAUAAAUAAAACUGUGAGAUUGUGUUUUAAGGUGUUGACCGUACAACGGUUAUACGGCGUGCAAAACACUAUUCAAAAGAAAAGCCCAAUAUUUACGAUUUAACCCUUAGUUCUGACGAAUUCAAUAUGCUCGAUGACGCUACUCUCUAAGUACAUAUAAUAAAAUUAAGAUUUAAAUCGAAGUAAUGCAAAUAAUACAACAAAAAAAAAA